CGGCAAACUCGCGCAACCAAUUCCAAGGCCUUCUUUUACGACGACGACAUUGACGAGCAAUUGAACGACGAAACAGGCUUCCACCGCCCUACAAUUCAAGAUGGUCUCCUACACUCCCAUCCGCAUGUCGGAAUUCAAGAGCAACUAUGGUCCCAAGUACCAUCCUCAGCCCAACGUUGCUGGCAUCACCCCACAGGCUGCCUUCCGAAUCGGCUCCCGUCUGGCUAUGUACGGUGCCCCCGCCGCUGUUGCUGUCCUCCUCUUCGCCAACGGUAUCCCCCGUGUGCAGCGCGACGUUCUCCAGAAGAUUCCUUUCCUUGGCAACUACUUCCGAAAGGAGAUCCACCCCGCCGACAACCCUUUCUAAAUUAUCUGGUGGAUUUGGGGAAGAUAGACGUUGUUCAGUGCCCGUGCCGGCUCUCCUUGUAUAAGAUAUUCCAAUAGACAUGUUCUGAGCCUUGAAUUUUGCUGUGAAAUGUACGGCCUGUGAUUGGUUGAUGUUUAAGUGGUUAACUUGCAGGCAGAGACAUACCCACCACCUUAUGGAAGUCAUGUCAAAGAGAAUAAACCUGUAACGGCAUGAAGGGGCUGAAUAGAGUGACUCUUAUCGCUGCUGUAGUCUAUAAUAUCCUUGGGCUGUCACAUGUUGCUUUCAAUCAUUUGGGGUUGUUGUUGGAUGUUCCACUCAUUAAAGGACAGUGCAGCUAACUCACUGCGAAACAC